AGAAGAGUUGAUUUUUCAGAAGUAUAUUUCAAUAAAUAAUAAAAGUAGAACUAAAUGGGUAUUUUAGAUUUUGAUUUAUUUUCAUCAGAAUUUUAAUUUAAGCUAGGAGCUCAACAUUACAAAAAGGGUACAUUGUAAGGAAUUAUAUUUACUGUAUUUAUUAUUGUUGCUGUUCUUUCUUAUUUCAUUUACUUGAUGUAUCUAUACUCAUAUAAUUUAAUUGAUCCAAAAUUUAGAGCUCAAAGCUUCAUUAUGAAUAACAGAAUAGAUAUACCUCUCACUUAAAACCUCUUAGGCUUUAGUUUAGCUUAUAAUUCUUCUAUGACAAUUGAAGAAUAUCAAGCAUUUUAGAAUAAGACUUACAUAGUAUAUAUUGUCUAAUUUUACUAUCAAGAUAGCACAAAUAAAGUUUAUGAAUAAUUCAAUCUUAAUCUUACUUAAUGCGAGGAUCCUUCACUAAGAGGCUACAAUUGUAUCGAUUUCUCUAAAAUAAGUAAUUACUCAAUAAUUCUUGAUUAAUAAAAUAAUGUUCAGUCUGAAUUAUUCAUUAAUUUAUAUGGCUGCAAUGACUUAGACAGCAUAAAAACAACUGUCCCAGAUAAUUGUGCUCCUUAAAGCGAAAUAGAUAGCAUAAUAAAUGGAAUAUAGACAUCUUUUUAUUUAAAGCUAAAAACUCAGUAAUUUAACACGACUUCUAAGUAAAUUUAAACAAAUUACAGAAAUAUUUACCUUUACGGGCUGUCGAAUUAAUUCACUUUGAGCACAAUAAAAACAUAAAAGUAAGAGACUAGGGUUGAUAAUGGGUUAUUAUUUUAGACUUAAGAGGUUUAUUCUUCUCCUAUUCAAUAUGAUUAUAAUAGCUAAACCUUUGAUAGAUAGAUUUCAUUGAAUUCAGGACUUGGACCUUACAUCUAAAUUUCAUUAGUUAUGGAUGAAAUUAUGCAGUAAUUUUAAAUUUAAUAUCCUACUAUUACAGAAAUUUUAGCACUUGUUAACAGUGUUGCAUCUAUAAUUGUUGUUUUUAGAUUUUUAGGAAGAAAUUUCUCAUAAAAACUAAUUUAAGAAGAUUUUUUUAUGCUUUUUUUGAGAAAUUUAUAUUAGGAUAAAUAUUAACAGAUAGCUAUUUAAAAUAAUCUUUUAGAAAAAAACUAUGAAAUUUCUCUUGAAUCAUAAGCUUCUAAGUAGGAAUUUACUGAUGAAAUUUAAUAAGAUUAAAGCACAAAAAAUAUAAAAAUACCGGCUUUAAAAACUAAAUCUAGAGAUUUUGUUGAAAAGAGCUAAUUUAAUAAUUAUCUGGAUAACUCAAAAUAUUUAUUCACAAAAAAUAAUACUUAGAUUACAGAUGAAUAGGAAUCAAAUAAUAAUGAUAUUGAUUUAAGAAGUGGUUCAAAACUAAAAGAAGAUAAAUAAAAACCUAAAUAGAUUGAUAGACUUUUAAAUUAGAUAAAAUUUAAUGCUAACAGUUCCACUUUUAUUGAAACACCUAAAUCACCAUCAAAAUUUAAAAAUUUUUUGCUCUAAAAGAAUGAAAAUCAAAUUGAAAAUAUGUCAUUUAAAAAAAAAAUUAUUAGGAAUGAUUGCAAAGCAAACACAGAAAUAAUAGAACUUUAUAAAAUCAAAAGCAAUGAUAAAACAUUCAAAAGUAUUAUUGAUUAGAAGCUGAAAGCCUAGAAUAGCCUUGCAAUUAAACAAGAAACUCAAAAGUUAAUAUUUAAAUUUCAGCUCUUUAAAUAAAAUAAAUUCUUUUAGAGAAAAGGUAUUGACCCCUAAUAAAUUAAAAAGAUAUGUUAACAAGCCAAUUCAAAUUUAGAUAUUUUUGUGUUUUACAAAGACAUUAUUUUUUUGAAAAAAGCGAUUUCAUUGCUUUUACGAUAAGAUUAAUUAGCUGCAAUAUAGUUAGUAAGUCUUACAGAUAACUAUUUAGAUUUUGAUUUUAGUUAAGUUGAUUUAAAGCCUAACUUCAAAAAAAUCAAAGACAAAUUGAAUCAUUUUGAAAAGCACAAUGCCAUAUUUUAGUCAGAAGAACUUCAGUCUCAUUACAUAUAAAAGUUUCUAUUAAAAUGCUAGAAUGAAAAAAAAAUAAGUGAAAUAGAUCUAAGAAUACUUUAUUCUAUUAUUAAAAACUAACAAAAAUUUUGA